UCGUUUCCAGUCUCUUUAUGUUAUUGCCAUAUGCUCUGGAUUAAACAAUGAACGAUCGUUUUGGAUUUACACCGAGGUGACUACUAAUUAGUGACCACAUCAUCGCCGAGUGAUAUUUAAAAAUUUUUCGCUUCUAAAUUGUGAUUACGUUACCUUAUUCCUUUCGCGUUUUUGUGCAAGUGUGCUGGAACUUGAAAAGUUGGAUUUCGUAAGAGAGAUUGGAAAGUAGUCUUUCGGUUGGUUUUGUAACCUCAAGGUAUGGUGUAGCCCUGCGUUGCCAAAGACAAGUUAUUUGCAGGGGCGACCUACAGAGAAUGUUGUUUGCAGUACCGACGUACGGCCGAUGUUAUGUCCAAUCGCUGGUUCUUUCGUCAACAUCACAAGGAUCCCCACAAGUCUGCAUCCCCUCCAUCCUGGAUGGUGGACAGCUCCGCUUGCGCGGGCUCCGACAAAGGGGCCUGGGAGAGUGGACCCCCAUCCCCACCGAAGAUCGAACUGACUGCUUGCAGUCCGACAGCGGGGCAUAUACCCCCGUUGUCUCCCACCAAAAAUCUGGGACUGCCUUCGGUGCAACUCACGGCGGCGGAUAGCCUGGACAACAUUGCCCAACAUAUACCCAGGGUUCGAGUUGAAUUUUACGUAAAUGAAAAUACACUUAAAGAACGACUCGAAUUAUUCUUCAUAAAAAAUCAAAGAUCAAGUCUGAGAAUCCGAAUUUUCAAUCUGGUAAUCAAACUUGUAGCGUGCCUCCUAUAUGUCAUUAGAGUCGGUCUGGAUAGAGGACCAUCUUACGCAGUAUGUUAUGAUUGCCCCCCAAGUAAUUUCUCUCUCCAGAAGAUAUACGACGAGGCCGCGGUCGAUAGGCCUUAUGAACAUAUCAACUGGAAUGCUAUUCUAUGGGUUGACCGUCCGUUACUAUUGUGGGGAGUUCAGGUGUCGCUGUCUGUAAUUAGCUUAUCAGAGGCCUUACUUAUUGCAUAUUUAGGAUAUAAGGGAAAUGUAUGGCAACAGCUUUUAUCAUACAGCGUUAUUCUAGAGAUGGUGAAUAACGUUCCAUUUGUAGUUACACUUUGUUGGGCCCCUCUUAGAAACCUCUUUAUUCCUGGAUUUCUGAAUUGUUGGUUAGCAAAACAUGCAUUAGAAAACAUGUUC